ACAUGCACCGGAAAUAUGGCGGCGCCCACGGUCGAAACGCAAGUCGUACCAGCUAAAAAACCAACCGUACGAGGACCACGGCGGGUGGCCAAUCAAAUUCCUGAUGAAAUCCUGCAAGACCCAGAGUUACAGGAGGCUAUCCGUGCUUUGCCUUCAAAUUACAACUUUGAGAUCCACAAGACAGUCUGGCGGGUGAGACAGGCCACGUCUAAGAGAGUGGCCCUCCAGCUACCGGAGGGACUGCAGAUGUUUGCCUGUGUCAUCGCUGACAUCAUCGAGAGGUUCACAGAGGCAGACACCAUUGUGAUGGGUGAUGUGACGUAUGGAGCCUGCUGCGUGGACGACUUCACGGCUCGGGCCCUGGGGGCAGACUUCAUGGUGCACUACGGCCACAGCUGCCUCAUCCCUAUAGACUCCACAGCAGGCAUUAAGAUGCUGUACGUGUUUGUUGAUAUCCAGAUGGACAAUGCACACUUUCUGGACACGGUCAAGUUCAACUUCCCCCCUGGACACUCUCUGGCACUUGUCAGCACUAUCCAGUUUGUGGCUGCACUGCAGGCGGUGAGUGCAGCUCUGAGGCCAGAGUAUGAUGUGGUGGUUCCCCAGUGUCGACCCCUGUCCCCUGGAGAGAUCCUGGGAUGCACCUCCCCCCGCCUCGACCGAAACCUCAACGCCAUCAUCUACCUGGGAGAUGGCAGGUUCCACCUGGAGUCCAUCAUGAUUGCCAACCCAGAGAUACAUGCCUACAGGUAUGACCCGUACAGUAAGAUAUUCUCCAGGGAGUACUAUGACCAUGAAGCCAUGCGGUCCAUCCGGCUCCAGGCCAUCGACAAGGCUCGCUCUGCCCAGAGAUGGGGCCUGAUCCUGGGCACGCUGGGCCGGCAGGGCAACCCUAAGGUCAUGGAGCACCUGGAAUCCAAGCUUGAGUCUCUUGGCAAGUCCUUCACUCGAGUGCUGCUGUCUGAGAUUUUCCCCAGCAAGCUGGACCUGAUGGCAGAAGUGGAUGCGGCAUCACUUGAAGCAUCAGCAUGGCUCCCUGCUCUCCAUCCUGUUCCCCUACACCCAGAGGGCUGCUAGAAAUGGGGACACGUUCACAGGCAGCGGCUGUAGUAGAUAGACGUAAAAUGGUGCUGACAGAGGGCUGCCUCGCUUCUAGUUCUUAGGAAAAUCUGCAGUAUUUUGUUUUAUUAUGUAUUAAUUCUUACAUUGUUAGCCCAGAAAAUCUUAAGUGUUAAUACGUACAGCCGGGAAGAACUAUUAGAUAUCAGAGUGGCAUCAACUUACCAGCACUACACUACUGACUCAAAACAGUGCCGCCGGAGAAGAGGUAGACAGAGCGGUCUUCUGGUCAGACUACGGAGGCACGCACACCACCCACCGCUUCCGAGUAUAUUACUCGCUAAUGUCCAGUCUCUAGAUAACAAGGUAGAUGAAAUUAGGGCAAGAGUUGCUUUCCAGAGAGACAUCAGGGAUUGUAACUUACUUUGUUUCAUGGAAACAUGGCUCUCUUGGGAUUAGCUCUCAAAGUCAAUACAGCCACCUGGAUUCUUUGUACAUCGUGCCAACAGAAAUAAAUAUCUUUCCGAGAAGAAGAAGGGCGGGGGUAUAUGUUUCAUGAUUAACGACUCAUGGUGUAAUUGUAACAACAUACAGGAACUCAAGUCCUUUCGUUCACCUGACCUAGAAUUCCUCACAAUCAAAUGCCGUCCAUAUUAUCUCCCAAGAUAAUUAUCCGCUGUUAUUCUCACAGCCGUGUAUAUGAAAUGGUCCACCCACACAUACAGCGUGGUGACAAAGGCGCAACAGUGCCUCUUCAACCUCAGGAGGCU